AUGCCAGGACACAUACUGGCCUUAUGCAAGUGGGCUGUGAUGGGUGCCUGGAUUAUGGCAGGUAGUUGGAAUAUAUGGCUAGCCAGCUUUCAUGCUGGUAUUAGUGGGCCAGAUGGAUCACAGCCUCCAGGAUAUUUCCAGUGGUUCAGAAAGCACACUAGUGGGAUUCUAUUGGGCCAGUAUGACUUCUUGACAUUUCCAGUUAGCUGGGUCAGAUCCCAUGUUAUUGCCAGAUGGAUCACAAACUCCAGGCUAUUUACAGUGGUUCAGAAGGCAUUCCAGUGGGAUGGUAUUGGGCCAGUAUAUGUUCCAGCCAAAUCCAGUCAGCUGGGUUGA